AGGCGGCCCUGGCCCACUGCGCUCCUCCUCCUCCUCCUCCUCCUCCUGCUCCUGCUAUAGCUCCGCUCUCUGACUCCGCGGCGCCUCAUUCACUAGAAGAUGGCGGACUGCGCUCCACUAUUAGAUGAGGAACUCUCGUCCUUCGUCUUCAAUUACCUGACAGAGAACUCCGGCAGCCAGUAUGGGGAGGAGGAGGUGUGUUCGGACCGCCUGGACACCGACUUCCCGGACAUCGACCUCUCGCAGCUGGACACCAGCGACUUCGACAGCGUCAACUGCCUCAGCGAGCUCCAGUGGUGCAACGACCAAGCGGCAGACGCGUCGCCGGCCUCCAUCCGCUACAGCACGGCGGACGAGCUCUUCGAGAUCGAAGAGGAGAACGCGGCGCUGCUCGCCGCUCUGACCGACAGUUUGGAUGGCAUGGUGGACGCCGAGGUGGGCGGGCUCUCCGUCUUCCCCGCCCUGGGCGAGGAGCCCGACCAGCGAGGGGAGGAGGAGGAGGAGGAGGAGGACGGCGGCGGCCUUCGCCUCGUUGCCGAGGACUUCAGCCGGUCGCUGGGGGCGGAGACAGAGGACCCGUCUCUGCUGAAGAAGCUGCUGCUGACUCCUCCCAAUGUGCCCGCGGGCGUCGACGCACACAAAGAUGGAGUCCACGGCCAUCGCUAUAGCAACAGAAGCCUGCAGCUACGGACGGUCAGACCUCUGGUCAAGACCGACGGCCCUCAGGAGCGGAAGCCGCGGGCGGUGCGUCCAGCCGGGCGCCUCUGCACCGAGCUGCACCGCCACCUCACCACCGCCAAGGACGCCGAGGACCAGCCGGCCCCCGAGUCGGACGAGGACGAGGAAGAGGACGAGGACAGUGAGUCGGAGGAGGAGGAUGAGGAGGAGGAAGAGGAGGAGGAGGAGGAGGAGUCUUCCAGCAGCGAGGUGGAGGGCGCAGCCGCCGCCGCCGCCGCCGUCCCCGCCGAGCCGGCGAAGCCUCAGUUCAGCUCGGAGAAAGAACUGCACUCGGUGGUGGAGCUGAUCACGUACAUGCACACGUACUGCCUGCCCAUGCGGAAGCAGCAGGGCUGGGAGCGCAAGGACCGCGAGCUCUCCAGGGCCCGGGCCCGGCCCGAGGCCUCCCGCCCGGCCGCCAGCUCUCUCAGCAGAGUCGUCCUGGUGUCCGCCCCCGGGACCAGUGGGGGUCUGUCCGGGGGGACGGGCAGCGGCGCCCCCCGGAGGCUCCCGUUUGCCCGGCAGAGGGAGGCGAAGGCCAACUCCCUUCUCCGUGAGCUCCUGCAGCAGAGCAGCUCCUUCGACGUGAGCAAGCCUUACAGACUGCACAGCCCGCCCUACUCCCACUCCCACAGCCCCGCUCCCCCCGCCUCCACUAAAUCAGCCCCAGCCCCGUCCCACAGCUCCGCCGCCCCCAAACCAGAGCUCCGCAGAGACUCGUCCUCCCCAGAGAGGAGAAUCCACUCCUCCUCGUCCUCCGAGGCGCCUCAGAGACCAGAGGAGGCGGCGGAGGACGGCGGCGGCUCCUUCUCCGUCCGCCGUUCCCGGCGUCUGGCCUCUUUCCCCAGCCGCUUCGCCAAGAGGCUGAGGCCAGGGCGGGUGAGGGAGGGAGAGGGGAGGGACCGGCAGGGGAGGGGGGACGAGGAAGGAGCGGGGGUCAAACUCCUGCCGACCCAGGCGGGAGGUGGAACCACGACGGAGGCGCGGACGCAACCGCUGACGUCCGGCGAGGGCGGAGGAGGCGUCGCCGCCACCGAUCACAGCUGCCGCAACGAGAAGCGAGCCUGUCUGUGCCUGCCUCUGAACCCCAAGUCCACAGGAGAGUCCCAGUUCAGCACCAAGCCUUUCGAGCAGACGCUCAGUGUGGAUCUGUGUGGGACGGCAGGUCUCACCCCUCCCACCACCCCGCCUCACAAGCCCGUGGAGGACGAGCUCUUCAAGCCGACAGAGGGAGGAAAGGGCGGCAGAGGAUCUGGCGGCGACGACGGCGCAGGAAGCGGCAGCGAGUCGGUCCUCCCGGCUUCAAGCGUCGCCGCGAAGGGCUCGUCCUGGCUGAGCCGCGCGCACCACGGGAGGAAGCUGCCCGAGCAGACGGAGCUGUACGCCCAGCUGCGGCGCAUGGGCCAGGCGGGCGACGCCGACGACGCCCGCUGCAGCUUCGGCGACCACGACUACUGCGCGCUGAGCCUGGGGGAGAUCCGCAAGCGCAGCGCCGCCAUGCUGGGCACCAUGCUGCAGGCGCAGGGCGGGGGCGACGGCGCGGACCAGGCGCCGGGCGGGAGGGGGAAGGGGGAGAGGCCGGCGCCGAUGUCAGAGGCGGCGGAACAGAAGGAGGGGCGGACGACCGCGGUGCUGUCGUCAUCGCCGCCGUCUCGCUCGUCAUCGCCCAUCCCGCCGUGUCCCGACUCCCCCGCCAGCAAGACGGACUCCAGUGAGAAGUCGGAGGUCUGUCCCGAUGACAAGCAGAGGAACAAAGCCAACUCUGACGAGGACAACUGCCAGGUGUUUUACAUCCACAACCUGCCGAGCAGCGUGACCCAGAACAUGCUGAGGAAACGCUUCCAGGUUUUCGGCAACGCCGACGACUGCAAAGUCAUCAUCUGCAACGAGGAGCGCUGUGGGGUGAUAAAGAUUCGCCAGGCGGGGGUUCAGAGACACUGGAGAGAGCGGGAGACAGUUUUCCAGAACGGACCUGCGGGACUGAGGAGGCUGACGAGAAAACGCUACAUAGACCUUGACGAGGCGGGUCCGGGUCCCGUCAAGAGCAAGUACGAUGCACUGGACUUUGACACUCUGCUGAAGGAGGCGCAGAAGUCGCUGCACCGCUGACAGCACAGCGCCCUCCACUGGCCGGCCUUAGUAAAAACCGCAGCACCAUCCCUCCGACGGCACUGCUCUGUCCUCAGAGAGGGGGGGGCCUCUCGGUGACCUCCAUGCAAGGCGACCUCGCAAAAUGUUUACAUUUUUACCAUUGGAAUAAAGUAAGGACCUCGUUGUUGUUUUUCUUGAUUUUUGUUUUUUAAGUUUCUUUCACCGGAGGGUACUGCUUAAAAAAAACGAGGACGCCACCGGGAGUCCGGAUGAGUCUAAAAGAGACAAUGGAGGAAAUAAAAGACUUUUCAACAGCAAUGGAACAACAAACAUGCAAACAAUGAUGAUACAGUUGUCUGCUGAACAACGGUAACCACAACAACAAAGCUGCUUCCUGUCUGUGUUGGUGACAUCAUCGCCUCGGGUGAGAGAGAGAGAGAGAGAGAGAGAGACCUCUGUAGCAAGGCCUUGCUAUCCCUGCAUUGCGUUGGUCGUCGUGGUGUGCGUUUCUGCGUGUGCGUGUUCUUUGUUCACUUUGUUUUGUAAAAAAAGAAGAAGUAGAAGAAGAAGAAGAAAUAAAACUCCCUCCUUCCAUCUGGGGGGCGGUGAAACUGCUGCAAGCUGCGUUCGCCCACGACGUCGUGUGGUGGUUUGUGUGACCACGAAAAGAAAAGAGCAAAAAAAAAAAAGUUACCCUGCUUUGUUUUAGCGAAAAAUUUGUGGAUGUUAUAAAUUUUAAAAAUCUA